AUGUGGCUCUUGAGGACCACUUCUGGUGUUUAUCGUCAGUACUACUAUAUAAAUGCAAGAAUGUCAUGGCCAGAGGCUCAGAGUUACUGCAGAGCGAAGUACACUGACCUGGCUACUGUAGACACCAUUGAUGAUGUGAACAGGCUGGUAAAUAUAGUGGAUGCUGGAUACAGUGGAUCUGUGUGGAUUGGACUGAAGAGAGGGACACAGAAACGCUGGGUUUGGUCUAAUGGAGAAGACACACUAACACAGUACAGUGCCUGGGCUGAUGGAGAACCGAAGAGUGGAAAAGAAUGUGGCUACUUCAAUAAUGGAGUUUGGCUCAGUUCGUCAUGCUCAUCUCUGAAUCACCUUGUGUGCUACAGUGGAAGCACUGGAUACGUCAGGGUAGAGACAUUCAAGAACUGGACAGAUGCUCAGAGCUACUGCAGACAGCAUCACAUAGACCUACCCACUAUUCACAAUGCUCAGGAACUAAACCAGAUAAAGAGUAUUGUUCCAUAUUAUUCUUGGGUCUGGAUUGGUCUGUUCCUGGACUCUUGGGAAUGGUCUGACAAAUGGAGUCUCUUCUUUAGAUACUGGGCAGUAGGUCAACCCUCCCAGAGUUCAGGAUCUGGUGACUGUGUCAGCAUGUCAAGAACCAAUUCUGGGAAAUGGGCUCAAUACAGCUGUGAUCUACAGCAUCCUUUUAUCUGCCAUGGAUGGCCCAAGUCUCCUUACCGCUCCUACCACUAUGUGGAUGAAAGCAUGACAUGGCAAGAUGCUCAGAGUUACUGCAGAGCGAGAUUCACUGAUCUGGCCACUGCUGACACCAUGAGCGACGUGAGUUUGCUGGUAAAUACAGUGGAUCCUGGAUACAGUGGAUCAGUAUGGAUAGGUCUCCACAAUGGAACAGAGUAUCGCUGGGUCUGGUCUAUGGGCACACUGUCCCAGUACAGUAUCUGGAAUCCAGGAGAACCAAAUGGUGAUGGGGAGUGUGUGAGGAGUUUUAAUGGAAACUGGUAUGAUGAGAGCUGCAGCACCGCUCUCCCGUUUGUGUGUUUCAAUGACAGCUCUGGUUUUAUCAUCACUGAGACUGCUAUGACAUGGAGAGAUGCUCAGAGUUACUGCAGACAACACCACACUGACUUGGCGAGCAUCAGCAGCGCAGAGCAGCAGAAUCUGAUCAGUAAUCAAGCAUCGCUCUGGAUUGGUCUGUUCCUGGACUCUUGGCAGUGGUCUGAUCAGUGGAACCUCAGUUUCAGAUACUGGGCAGCAGGUCAACCAUCCCAGAGUUCAGGAUCUGACUGUGUCAGCAUGUCAAGAAACUAUUCUGGGAAAUGGGCUCAUGAAAGCUGUGAUCUAAAGCGUCCUUUUAUCUGCCAUGGAGAUAAGUGAAAAGCUGAAGAGCAUGGGGCUGGAAAGUGACAGCAAAAUAAGCUGGAGAAAAGGGGAAGGUGGAGAGGUGUUUCAUCAGGAGAUCAACCAUAUGGCCAAUUCAAAUAAUAAAUGUGAUAGACUGUAA